GCUUCUCAAUUGGCCAUUCAACUGCAUAAACCAUUUGUUUUGCAGACAGAAAAUUGUUUUUCCCUUGGCUGGGGAGCUAGAAUUCGUGGUUUCAUCAUUUGUUUCGUAGUCGGAAUUGUUUUAUCGCUAUUGGUAAGUCGUUUUGUUUGCGAAUUCUGGCUUACAAUCCCCAUCGGCUGUAGGGCUCAUUGUUCUUUUGGAUUCCCUACACUAUUUCUCAUGGGCCCUUUGAACCAAUUGAAGCGUAUGUUCGAGGAGACACGCAUUUUUGCUGCUGUUAUCAUGCUGGUGUUUAUGAUACUGACCAUUUGUUCGGUUGUUCUGUGGAAAAAUAAGCUGCUAUGUCUUAUAUUUUGCAUCUGUCAGUCGCUGUCGCUGACCUGGUAUUCCCUGUCAUACAUACCCUACGCGCGGUAA